AUGAGUCAAAACGGAGUUGCAGCCAAUAAUGGAUCAACUAGAAAAGGAGUCACCUAUAACAAUAUCUUGGAAGCCGCUCAACGUCCCACUCCUCUCGUCCCACUUAGAAAACUCAAGGUCGAGCACCAACUUCAAAGCGAUAUUUAUGUGAAACUAGAGUAUCUCAAUAUCGCAGGAUCCCUUGAAGAUCGUACUGCCGAUAAAGCUUUCCAGUUUGCUGAAGAGAUCGGAGUUGUGAGAGGAGACAAAGUAUUUGUGACCGCUGGUGGGUCUGCAGCCAUCUCGUACGCAACAGUUGCUGCUGUGAAGGGCAUCAAAUUGACCAUCUACGCACCCAAAGGAGAAUUCGCUUUGGUAGACACUGUUCUACAUACAUUGGGAGUUGAUGUAGUCGAAUUGCCAGUUACCACUUAUUCUGAAGCUCGUGCUCAGACCGAAGAAGCUGCUCAACAGAAAAACGUCUUCUGUUUGAAUAAGUUCACCACUAACGCUGCUUUUGUUGCUAAUCUCCAAAAAACGGCAUGUGAAAUCGAGAGAGCUGUGAAUAACAAGUCUAUCGGAAAGGUUGGAGCAGUCGUGAUCCCAUUGAACACUGGUGCACCAGCUGCUGGUAUUGCUGCGUACUACAAGGGAACAGGCGAUCAUGGAGUCCGUGUUGUUGGAGUCACUUGCAAGAAGAAUACUAUUCCAGAAAUGGGAUUGGAUUUGAAAAAAGAUCUGCUUCAGGAAUAUGGUGUCGAGCAACGUGAAGUUGACGAAGAUGAGGCUUACGCCUUCACUCGUCACCUCAUCGGAACUGAAGGAAUCAUGGCUGGACCAUCUUCUGGUGCCGCGGUUCUUGAAGCCAUCAAGCUUGCCAAAGAGCUACCAUCUGGAUCCACUAUUAUUGUAGUUCUUCAAGAUGGUAUCAGAAACUACUUGCGCCAUUUCCUUGAUGAUGAUUGGAUCACUGCACACAAGAAAAAUGUGGUGACCAGAAAAGAUGGGCCACAACCAAAUAGCACUUAUGACCCAAAGGUUUUGGAAUACGACCCAACUAAGCUGGCUGGAGAGUGGACUCAAGACCCAGUAACCAAAUCGUGGUCUCACUCGGAUGUUGAGUUCAAUGAGUUCAACCCAGAGAGACCUCUUGUCCUUGAUACCGUUCUCGAUGCUAUUGGCAAAACACCACUUGUCAAACUUCAACACGUUCCAAAAGCUCAUGGAGUGAAAUGCAAUGUUUAUGUCAAAUGUGAGUACAUGAAUGCCGGUGGAUCGACUAAAGAUCGUAUUGCUAAGAGAAUGGUUGAGAUUGCUGAAAAGACCGGAAGACCAGGAAAGUUGGUCCCAGGAGUGACUCUCAUUGAGCCAACAUCUGGAAACACUGGAAUCGGACUGUCUCUUGCUUCAGCUGUUCGUGGAUACAAAUGUAUCAUCACCAUGCCAAAGAAAAUGUCUAAGGAAAAGGCUAUUGCUAUGGCCUCUCUCGGAUCAACCAUUAUCCGUACUCCAAAUGAGGCUGGAUUUGACAGCCCACAUUCUCAUAUUGGAGUCGCUCUUCGUUUGAAGAGUGAAAUCCAAGACGCUGUCGUUCUUGAUCAAUAUUGCAAUCCAGGAAAUCCAUUGGCUCAUUACGAACAAACCGCUGAGGAGAUUAUUUAUGAUAUGGGAGAUAAGCAUAUUGAUCUUGUGGUUCUUACUGCUGGAACCGGAGGAACCGUCACCGGAAUCUCACGCAAGAUUCACGAGAAGAUUCCAACAGCCAAGGUUGUUGGAGUCGACCCCCAUGGAUCUAUUCUUGCUGGUCCAGCGGAGACUGAUAUCGAUUUCUACGAGGUUGAGGGUAUUGGAUACGACUUCUUGCCAGGAACACUGGACACCAGUGCUAUCGACUACUGGGCAAAAUCUCACGAUAAGGAAUCGUUCUUGAUGGCUCGUGAGCUCAUCAGAACUGAGGGAAUUCUCUGCGGAGGAUCUUCCGGAUGUGCUGUCCACUACGCUCUUGAAGAGUGCAAGUCAUUGAACCUUCCAGCUGAUGCUAACGUUGUCGUUCUUUUGCCUGACGGAAUCAGAAACUAUAUCACCAAGUUCCUCGAUGACGACUGGAUGAACGAGCGUCACUUCCUCGACGCUUAA